AUGGCCCCUGGAACUCUCUUUACGAAUUCCUCAAUCCGGCCUCUCUAUGGCCCCCGGAACCCUCUUUACGAAUUCCUCAAUCCGGCCUCUCUAUGGCCCCCGGAACCCUCUUUACGAAUUCCUCAAUCCGGCCUCUCUAUGGCCCCCGGAACCCUCUUUACGAAUUCCUCAAUCCGGCCUCUUUACGGCCCCCGGAACUCUCUUUACGAGCUCCUCAAUCCGGCCUCUUUACGGCCCCCGGAACUCUCUUUACGAGCUCCUCAAUCCUUGCGAUGCAUCCACCCAAGGUUGCCCGAUAGCCCCCGCUAUCCGGCCCAGCAGCACUCGCUGCCUGUUGAACAGUUUAACCUGUCAGCCCCCCAGGCUCAGAAGAUGCUGCCUUUGAGUAUCACCUGCCUUCUCCUGCAGCUGCUACCCUUGGUGUGCACUUGGGGCAAUGGCUACUGCCUUCGCAGGAAGAGCACCAGCGUGCACAAGGAUGGAGAUGUGGUGAUUGGCGGCUUCUUUUCACUCUGCACCGGUGCAGAAUUCACUGGCACCACUAAUAUAAAGCCCAUCAAGGACUUCAUUAUCCUGCAGAUUAUGCCCCUCAACUACCAGACUGCUCUCUCUUUCAUUUUUGCCAUAGAAGAGAUCAACAGGAAUCCUCAUCUUUUACCAAAUAUAUCUCUGGGAUAUGAGUUUCAUAAUUUACUUCCCUCUUAUUGGAGGUUAUUGGAGAGUUUCUUCAUUUUGCACACGGGGCAAAAUGAAAUGCCCAAUUAUACCUGUGGAAAAGAGAGUAAGUCUGUAGCCUUACUAACAGGAACAUCGUGGGCAACUUCUACUCAAAUAGGACCAUUGCUGGAACUUUACAAGUUUCCACAGCUUUCCUUUGGCUCUUUUGAUCCUAUGUUCAGUGACAAUGGCCACUUAACAUCUGUCUAUCAGGUGGCAGCAAAGGACACAUCUCUGGUUCAUGGCAUGGUCUCCUUGAUGCUUCAUUUCAGCUGGACCUGGGUGGGAAUAAUCGUUGCUGAAGGUCAUAAAGGCUUGCAAUUUGUCUCAGAUAUCAGAGGAGAGGCAGAGAAAAGCAGAGUCUGCAUAGCAUUUGUGAAAAUGAUCUCAAGUUCUUAUGCAUCCUAUUUCUUCCAUAUAGAGAAAAAUAUCAUAGCCCAGGAAGCAUCACCAGUAAAUGUGGUUAUCAUUUAUUAUGAUACAGACAGUCUAAAUCAUGUAAACUACUAUAUACAGUUGCAUUUAGUGACUUGGAAAGUCUGGGUGACAAAUUCACAAUGGCAUGCUGAUGUGGCUGGGAGAAACUUCAUUCUUGAUACAUUCCAUGGGCUUCUGAUUUUUUCACAUCACCAUGAGAAGAUUUCUGGUUUUAAGGACUUUAUCCAGAAAGCCACCCCAUCCAAAUAUCCAGAAGACACUUUUCUCAGUCUGUUUUGGUUCCAGAAUUUCCAUUGCUCAUUGUCUGAAUCCGACUGUUCCCUGAAGAACUGUACACCGAAUGCCUCUCUGGCUUGGCUUCCUGAGAAUAUUUUUGACCCAGUCAUGAGUGACUGGAGCUACAACAUAUACAAUGCUGUGUAUGCAGUGGCCUAUGCCCUGCAGGAGAUGUUUCUUCAACAAAUUCAAAUGCCCCCAAUGGAAGAUGAAGGGAUGUUUUACCCUUGGCAGCUGCACCCUUUUAUGAAAAGCAUCCAAUUUACCAGUCCUGCUGGAGAGCAAGUAAAUUUAGACUUGACAAGAAAAGUGGAUGCAAACUACAACAUUGUCAACCUGUGGAAUUUUCCAGAAGGUCUUAGACUUAGGGUCAAAGUAGGAGAGUUUUUCUCUCAUUCACAAUUUGGACAGUAUUUGGCUAUAUCUGAAGAUUUGAUAGAGUGGGCCACAGAAAUUACAGAGCUUCCCCAUUCUUCAUGCAGUGAGACCUGUCACCCUGGAUUCAGGAAAUCCUUGCAGGAGGGAAAGCCUGUGUGUUGUUUUGUUUGCACUCCUUGCCUAGAGAAUGAGAUUGCCAAUGGUACAGACAUAGAACAGUGUGUGAUGUGUCCAGACCAAGAAUAUGCCAACAUUCAGAGAACUCGCUGCCUCCAAAAGUCUGUAAUAUUCCUGUCUUAUGAAGACCCUUUGGGGAAGACACUGGCUGGAAUUGCUCUGAGUUUCACUAUCAUCACUUCUGCUGUUUUGGGGCUCUUUGUGAAACACCGAGACACUCCUAUUGUCAAGGCCAACAAUCGGGCUCUCAGCUACACCCUGCUCAUCUCCCUCACCUUCUGCUUCCUCUGCACCUUGCUCUUCAUUGGCCAUCCCAACACAGCCACCUGCAUCCUCCAGCACACCACAUUCGCAGUUGUCUUCACUGUGGCUGUGUCCACUGUCUUGGCCAAAACUAUUACUGUGGUGUUGGCCUUUAAGGUCAUUGCUCCACAAAGAAGUAUGAGGCAACUGCUGGUAUCAGGGGCACCAAACUCCAUCAUUCCCAUCUGCUCCCUGAUCCAGCUCUCUCUCUGUGGAGUUUGGAUGGGGACAAAUCCACCCUACAUUAACACAGAUGCACACUCUGAACAUGGCCACAUCAUCAUCAUGUGCAACAAGGGCUCCCUCACUGCCUUCUACUGUGUCCUGGGAUACCUGGGUUCCCUGGCCCUGCUCAGCUUCACUGUGGCUUUCCUGGCCAGGAACCUGCCUGACACCUUCAAUGAGGCCAAGUUCCUGACGUUCAGUAUGCUGGUGUUCUGCAGUGUGUGGGUCACCUUCCUCCCUGUGUACCACAGCAGCAAGGGGAAGGUGAUGGUGGCCAUGGAGGUCUUCUCCAUGCUGGCCUCCGGUGCAGGGUUGCUGGUCUGCAUCUUUGCUCCAAAGUGCUUCAUUAUUUUGUUCAGACCAGAGAGAAAUUCUUUGCAUGGAUUUAGAGUAAAUAAGUAUCCUGAGGAAAAAGUGUCUUUUUAA